AUGAAACUACAGUGCAUGACUGCCAAUGAGCGGGUAAGGCAUAGUGUGUGUGUGUGUGUGUGUGUGUGGUGUGGUGGUGUGUGAGAGAGAGAGAGAGAGAGAGAGAGAGAGAGAGAGAGAGAGAGAGAGAGAGAGAGAGAGAGAGAGAGAGAGAGAGAGAGAGAGAGAGAGAGAGAGAGAGAGAGAGAGAGAGAGAGAGAGAGAGAGAGAGAGAGAGAGAGAGAGAGAGGGAGAGAGAGAGGGAGAGAGAGGGAGAGAGAGAGAGAGAGAGAUCUCUGCCUCUCUCUCAAGCUCUCUCGCCCACUCUCGCCCACUCUCCCUCUCUUUAUUACGCCAUGCAUCACUAAUAGAGCCUUCAGUAAACGCCUCAGUCCUCUACAGAACCCUCAGAGGGGUGUGUUGCAUUUCCUCAGGAGGAUAGCAGUGUGUGCUUAUUGUACUGUACUGUAUGUGUGGGGUUCUGCCAAUCGUGUUCUCUUGCAUUCAUGAUAUAUGCAGGGUUUUUAUUCAGAGGCAUUAGCAAGUGUAUUCAUAAAUAAGCUAACCCCAUUGGCAAAACCCCUGGCCUGGAAAGAGCAGUAGAUGUUUUCUUUCAUCAUGGAUAUAGGCCGGGGCUGCUUGUAAGUAGCCUAAAUUACCAGACUAUGCUCACAAGAUCAGGAGGCUUGCAAGGCUAGCUUGUAAGUAACCACUUUACCAAAGUCUUGGUCAUCCAUUCUACAAGAGGACCAGAAGCAUGUUGAUUGGCAGCGACAAGACAAUACUGAGAUCUUUACAGAGACAGUAUCAAAUAUUCAGGUAUUGUGGAUGUUGUUUCUCUGUGUUGGGUUGCUUCUCUGUGAUUAGGUACUCCACUGUAUUGCAGAGUGAUACAUACAGAGUUAUUGUCCUCCUUGUUGGUAGAGGUUCAGUAGCAGGUAGCUUGGUGUGUAUGAGUGUUGGGCCAGUAACCCAAAGGUUGCUGGAUCAAAUCCCUGAGCCGUCAAGGUAAAUAUAUGUUGUUCUGUUCUUGAGCAAGACAGUUAACCCCCAACAACAACUGCUCCCCGGGUGCUGAUGAGGUGGAUGUUGAUUAAGGCAGCCCCCCACACCUCUCUGAUUCAGAGGGGUUGGGUUAAAUGCGGAAGACACAUUUCAGUUGAAUGCAUUCAGUUGUACAACUGACUAGGUACCCUCCCUCCCCCUAUAUGAUAAUCCAGUGUUCAGCACCACCAUUGUCUGUGUUUGUUGAUUAUUUUCCUCAAGUUCUGGCAACUAACCCACUCUGGUCCACUCCUGUCUGUGUUCCGAUAUCGGGAGCAUGUUUGAGGUUUCUUCUUUCCACAGUUAAAAAUAGCAGUGCUGCAAGACACAUUAUUUAACAGGGAGAUUUGCUCCCUCAUUCUUACCCUUUUGCUGUCAAAAUUCCACAGUGGUGUCAGCAGUGUCAGGAGAAAAUGGCAUUGGCUAAACUGUGACUGUGUACAGUGCUUUCUAUUGACAUUUGUAAUAAUGCAUAUUAUUAUGUGUGUUUGACACGUGUACUGAAUGCUCGCUCACAUGAAAAGAGUGUAUGUGAUUUUCCUCCUGUAGUCUGCUGCUCUCUACAAGUUAGUGUGGGAGAGGUGGGAAAAAUGAUUGUUAUCGAUCAAUAAUGACAAACCUCCUGGUAUUGACAACUUAGAUGGAAAGCUACUGAGGAUGGUAGCUGACUCUAUAGCCACUCCUAUCUGUCAUAUCUUUAAUCUGAGUCUAGAGGAAAGUCUUUGUCCUCAGGCCUGGAGGGAAACCAAAGUCAUUCCGCGACCCAAGAGUGGUAAAGCGGCCUUUACUGGUUCUAACAGCAGACCUAUCAGCUUGCUGCCAGCUCUUAGCAAACUGUUGGAAAAAAUGGUGUUUGACCAAAUACAAUGCUAUUUCUCUGUAAACAAAUGAACAACAGACUUUCAGCAUGUUUAUAGAGAAGGGCACUCAACAUGUACUGCACUGACACAAAUGACUGAUGAUUGGUUGAAAGAAAUUGAUAAUAAGAAGAUUGUGGGAGUUGUACUGAAAGAAUUCAGUGCAGCCUUUGACCAUAACCUUUUAUUUUUUUUUCAUUUAUUUUUUUCGGGGGGAAUGGAUCAGCUUAAUAUUGCAGAUAGAUUGUAUCUUCUAUCAAUGUAAUUGUCUGCAUCACUUCCAAUCCCCCAUGUUUUUUAUAUUUUUUUUAUAUAUAUACUCCCCUUUAUUACUUUUCAACCCCACCAUCCUUUCCCUACUUGGAGUAAAUUAGUGAACAACAAUGCCCAGGCCUCUACUUCCGGUCUAUACUCACUAUCUACACCUUAUGGACAGAGUUCAUUUUACAAUAAUUCUAUUAUAUAUAUAUAUAUAUAUAUAUAUAUAUAUAUAUAUAUAUAUUUUUUUUGCUCCUGAACUUCUUCUACUCUCAACCUCUCCGAUCAUUUUCAUGGUGUCCAUCCGGUUUGCUUCUAUAUGCCAUAUCUUUCUAACUGUGCUCCUUCCCAAAAGCUCCCAACAUACAACCUAUAUACUUAUUAUGGACACAGUAUGCUUACAUUAUUAGCUAUCUUUGUUAUUAUUUGUUGUUAUUUGUUAUUAGUCCCAUCCUUCAACUCUAUUCAAUACCUCCCAUCUAUCUCCUAACACCAUCCAUAUAGGAUUUCUAUUUGCCAUAUAUAUUUCAACCGUACUGUGAUGUUUUACAAAAAUUCUGAACCUUUCUAUUCUCAUUGCUUCUACAGAUUGUGAAUUAAAAAUAAACAUUUUUGCUAAAAGUAUUAUUAUAUUAUUGAUUGAUUGACUAUGACUUUUCAGAUCACCCAGUAAUGCUAUCUGCAAUGUUAGUUCCAGGUAAAUAUUGCAAUCCUUUAGCCAUUCCUGGACCUGUGUCCAAAAACAAGCUACAAAUGGACAGAACCAAAACAAAUGAUCUAAUGAUUCUGUCUCUUCACAGCAAAACCUGCAGAGCUGGGAAGAUUGUAUCUCCCAUAUAAAUAACAUUCUAUUGGUAGCAAGAAUUUUAUAUAAUAAUUUAAAUUGAAAGAUUCUAAUUUUUGAAUCCGGUGUCGUAUUGACCAUAACCUGUUGUUGAGAACUUAUGUGUUAUGGCUUUUCAACAUUUGCCAUUUUUAUUUUAUUUAUUUUUAUUUAACCUUUAUUUAACCAGGUAGAAGCCAGUUACCUUUAUUUAACCAGGUAAGCCAGUUGAGAACAAGUUCUCAUUUACAACUGCAACCUGGCCAAGAUAAAGCAAAGCAGUGCGAUAAAAACAACAACAACACAGAGUUACAUAUGGAAUAAACAAAACAUACAGUCAUUAACACAAUAGAAAAUCUAUAUACAGUGUGUGCAAAUGUAGUAAGUUAUGGAGGUAAGGCAAUAAAUAGGCCAUAGUGCAAAAUAAUUACAAUUUAGUAUUAACACUGGAGUGAUAAAUGUGCAGAAGAUGAUGUGCAAAUAGAGAUACUGGGGUGCAAAUGAGCAAAAUAAAUAACAAUGUAAAUAACAAUAUGGGGAUGAGGUAGUUGGGUGGGCUAAUUACAGAUGGGCUGUGUACAGGUGCAGUGAUCGGUAAGCUACACCUAGGUAUUUGUAGUUGUCCACAUAUUCUAAGUGAGACCCGCUGAGAGUAGUGAUUCUAGUCGGGCGGGCGGGUGCAAGCAGCGUUCGAUUGAAGAGCAUGCAUUUAGUUUUACUAGCAUUUAAGAGCAGUUGGAGGCCACGGAAGGAGUGUUGUAUGGCAUUGAAGCUCGUUUGGAGGUUUGUUAACACAGUGUCCAAUGAAGAGCCAGAUGUAAACAAAAUGGUGUCAUCCGCGUAGAGGUGGAUCUGAGAUUUACCAGCAGCAAGAGCGACAUCAUUGAUAUACACAGAGAAUAGAGUCGGCCCGAGAAUUGAACCCUGUGGCACACCCAUAGAGACUGCCAGAGGUCCAGACAACAGGCCCUCCGAUUUGACACAUUGAACUCUAUCUGAGAAGUAGUUGGUGAACCAGGCGAGGCAGUCAUUUGAGAAACCAAGGCUAUUUAGUCUGCCAAUAAGAAUGCGGUGAUUGACAGAGUCAAAAGCUUUGGCCAGGUCAAUGAAGACGGCUGCACAGUACUGUCUUUUAUCGAUCGCGGUUAUUACAGUGAGGGAAAAAAGUAUUUGAUCCCCUGCUGAUUUUGUACGUUUGCCCACUGACAAAGACAUGAUCAGUCUAUAAUUUUAAUGGUAGGUUUAUUUGAACAGUGAGAGACAGAAUAACAAAAAAAAAUUCCAGAACAAAACGCAUGUCAAAAAUGUUAUAAAUUGAUUUGCAUUUUAAUGAGGGAAAUAAGUAUUUGACCCCUCUGCAAAGCAUGACUUAGUACUUGGUGGCAAAGCCCUUGUUGGCAAUCACAGAGGUCAGACGUUUCUUGUAGUUGGCCAUCAGGUUUGCACACAUCUCAGGAGGGAUUUUGUCCCACUCCUCUUUGCAGAUCUUCUCCAAGUCAUUAAGGUUUUGAGGCUGACGUUUGGCAACUCGAACCUUCAGCUCCCUCCACAGAUUUUCUAUGGGAUUAAGGUCUGGAGACUGGCUAGGCCACUCCAGGAUCUUAAUGUGCUUCUUCUUGAGCCACUCCUUUGUUGCCUUGGCCGUGUGUUUUGGGUCAUUGUCAUGCUGGAAUACCCAUCCACGACCCAUUUUCAAUGCCCUGGCUGAGGGAAGGAGGUUCUCACCCAAUAUUUGAUGGUACAUGGCCCUGUCCAUUGUCCCUUUGAUGCGGUGAAGUUGUCCUGUCCCCUUAGCAGAAAAACACCCCCAAAGCAUAAUGUUUCCACUUCCAUGUUUGACGGUGGGGAUGGUGUUCUUGGGGUCAUAGGCAGAAUUCCUCCUCCUCCAAACACGGUGAGUUGAGUUGAUGCCAAAGAGCUUGAUUUUGGUCUCAUCUGACCACAACACUUUCACCCAGUUCUCCUCUGAAUCAUUCAGAUGUUCAUUGGCAAACUUCAGACGGGCCUGUAUAUGUGCUUUCUUGAGCAGGGGGACCUUGCGGGCGCUGCAGGAUUUCAGUCCUUCAUGGCGUAGUGUGUUACCAAUUGUUUUCUUGGUGACUAUGGUCCCAGCUGCCUUGAGAUCAUUUACAAGAUCCUCCAGUGUAGUUCUGGUCACUCCCUUUAAGAGUGUGCUCCUAAUCUCAGCUCGUUACCUGUAUAAAAGACACCUGGGAGCCAGAAAUCUUUCUGAUUGAGAGGGGGUCAAAUACUUAUUUCCCUCAUUAAAUGCAAAUCAAUUUAUAACAUUUUUGACAUGCGUUUUUCUAGAUUUUGUUGUUGUUAUUCUGUCUCUCACUGUUCAAAUAAACCUACCAUUAAAAUUAUAGACUGAUCCUUUCUUUGUCAGUGGGCAAACAUACAAAAUCAGCAGGGGAUCAAAUACUUUUUUCCCUCACUGUAUAUCGUUUAGGACCUUGAGCUUGGCUGAGGUGCACCCAUGACCAGCUCGGAAACCAGAUUUCAUAGCGGAGAAGGUACGGUGAGAUUCGAAAUGGUCGGUGAUCUGUUUGUUAACUUGGCUUUCAAAUACUUUCGAAAGGAAGGGCAGGAUGGAUAUAGGUCUGUAAAAGUUUGGAUCUAGAGUGUCACCCCCUUUGAAGAGGGGGGUGACCGCUGCAGCUUUCCAAUCUCUGGGGAUCUCAGACGAUACGAAAGAGAGGUUGAACAGGCUAGUAAUAGGGGUUGCGACAAUUUCGGCGGCUAAUUUUAGAAUGAAAGGGUCCAGAUUGUCUAGCCCAGCUGAUUUGUAGGGGUCCAGAUUUAGUAGCUCUUUCAGGACAUCAGCUAUCUGAAUUUGGAUGAAGGAGAAGCGGGGGGGACAUGGGCAAGUUGCAGCGGAGGGUGCAGAGCUGGUGGCCGGGGUAGGGGUAGCCAGGUGGAAAGCAUAGCCAGCCGUAGCAAAAUGCUUAUGAAAUUCUCGAUUAUCGUAGAUUUAUCGGUGGUGACAGUGUUUCCUAGCCUCAGUGCAGUGGGUAGCUGGGAGGAGGUGUUCUUAUUCUCCAUGGACUUUACAGUGUCCCAAAACGUUUUGGAGUUAGUGCUACAGGAUGCACAUUUCUGUUUGAAAAAGCUAGCCUUUGCUUUCCUAACUGAUUGUGUAUAUUGGUUCCUGACUUCCCUGAAAAGUUGCAUAUCGUGGGGGCUAUUCGAUGCUAAUGCAGUAUGCCACUGGAUGUUUUUGUGCUGGUCAAGGGCAGUCAAGUCUGGGGUGAACCAGGGGCUAUAUCUGUUCUUAGUUCUGAUUUUUUUGAAUGGGGCAUGCUUAUUUAAGAUGGAGAGGAAAGCACUUUUGAAGAACAUCCAGGCAUCCUCUACUGACGGAAUGAGGUCAAUAUCCAUCCAGGAUACCCGGGCCAGGUCAAUUAGAAAGGCCUGCUCGCUGAAGUGUUUUAGGGAGUGUUUGACAGUGAUGAGGGGUGGUUGUUUGACCGCUGACCCAUUACGGACGCAGGCAAUGAUGCAGUGAUCGCUGAGAUCCUGGUUGAAGACAGCGAAGGUGUAUUUAGAGGGUAAAUUAGUCAGGAUGAUAUCUAUGAGGACGCCCAUGUUUACGGAUUUAGGGUUGUAUCUGGUAGGUUCCUUGAUAAUUUGUGUGAGAUUUUGGCCAUAUAUCAUUGAUUCAGAGCUAUCUAUCUAAUAGAACUCAGAGGGUUUUCUUUAAUAAUAAUAUGCCAUUUAGCAGACGCUUUUAUCCAAAACGACUUACAGUCAUGUGUGCAUAAAUUUUUACGUAUGGGUGGUCCCGGGGAUCAAACCCACUACCCUGGCGUUACAAGCGCCAUGCUCUACCAAUUGAGCUAUUGAGCUACAGAGGAAAGGAAGCUUCUCAAACAUGUAAAGUGUUUGUACCGCAGGGCAGCUCUCUAGGCCCUCUACUCUUUUCUAUUUUUACCAAUGACCUGCCACUGGCAUUAAACAAAGCAUGUGUGUCCAUGUAUGCUGAUGAUUCAACCAUAUACACAUCAGCAACCACAGCUAAUGAAGUCACUGAAACCCUUAACAAAGAGUUGCAGUCUGUUUUGGAAUGGGUGGCCAGUAAUAAACUGGUCCUGAACAAAUGUAAAACUAAGAGCAUUGUAUUUUGUAAAAAUCAUUCCCAAAUUUCUAGACCUCAGCUGGAUCCGGUAGUGCAUGGUGUGGCUGUUGAACAAGUUGAGGAGACGAAAUUACUUGGUGUUACCUUAGAUUGUAAACUGUCAUGGUCAAAACAUAUAGAUUCAAUGGUUGUAAAGAUGGGGAGAGGUCUGUCCGUAAUAAAGAGAUGCUCUGAUUUUUGAACACCACACUCCACAAAGCAAGUCCUGCAGGCUGUAGUUUUAUCUUAUCUUGAUUAUUGUCCAGUCAUAUGGUCAAGUGCUGCAAAAAAGACCUAGUUAAGAUGCAGUUGGCCCAGAACAGAGCUGCAUGUCUUGCUCUUCAUUGUAAUCAGACAUGCCACCAGGGGUAUCGAGAACAAAUUCAAGGACACGUUCAGUAUUAUACAGAGCCAUGAGUGCAUGGAACUCCCUUCCAUCUCAUAUAGCGCAAGUGAACAGCAAACCUGGUUUCAAAAAACAAAUAAAGCAACACCUCACGACAUGUACAGUAUGUGUAACUGAUAGAUGCACACACACACACUGCAUGUUAAUGUUUUUAAAUGUAUAUCAAUUGUGAAGUAUUUUGUCUGUAAUGUCUUGUUCGUUAUGUGUCGGACCCCAGUAAGACUAGUUGUCGCCAUUGGCAUCGGCUAAUGGGGAUCCUAAUAAAUUAAAUCCAAUCAAAUCUUCAGCAGCCUGUUCAGUCGUCCUCAGGGACGAAAUAGUACUUUGAGGAAUGUCUCAAUCUUUCUCUCCUCUUUCUAUCUCGCUCUCUCUCUUCUCAGGAUGAAAGUUCGGUGAGCAGUGAGGACAUGGAUAUGGCUGAGCCCACGUGGGUCUCUGCUGAGCGUCCCCCUGUACCUGAGCUCAGUCCCCCCAAUGGAGGGAUGGUACACGGCCCACAAGCCGCAUUGAAAGAGGAGGACGGUAAGACAAUGGCCUUUUCGUGUGUGUUUGUGUUUGUGUGUGUGUGUGUGUGUUUGUUCAUACUGUAUGUUUGUUUGUUUACAGUAUGUCCCUGUUUUCAUUGGUUUUCAGUGGGAUUUGGGAUGUACUGCAGGUGUGGGAGGGCCAUAUACUAGUUGUAUAGGAUAGGGAGCAGCUUGUGCUUCGAUUAAUGUACUAAUCCCACCAAAUCCCUCAUUAUGUGUGAUGUUUCACUACCCCACCCCAACCUCAAUCAUCCCUAAUGGCUGAGGGACCUCCAGCCACCCCCACCUCCAUCCAUGACUAACUCAUGAUGGGAAAGUGGACAUCCACUAAGAAACUACAGAUAUUAAGAACUCUAGACAACCAGACACUCUGAUUACCAGUUUGUAUUGAAUAGUGGAUUCAAAGAAAAAGUCACAUAUUUUGCACUGGCUAGAUUCUAAGUAGUCAACACAAUAGAAAAAAGCAAUUUGAGCCUCACAACACACCAAGUCAUCUUACUUAUAUGAAAGUUAGCAAAAACCUCUAUAGGUAGGAUUCGGCAAUUCACAUUUUCAAAUGGGGACCGGGAAGAGGAACAUUUUAUGGAUGAUAAUAUCUGGAUUUAUUGAGAUUAAUUCAUUUACUAUAUCAUGGCUCACUGGAAAAAGGGGUAGUGGUGUUCCCAAAUCAGCGGAUUUAAAUAAAUAACCCCCCAAAUCACAAUUGAUCUUUCUCUCUCUCUCUCUCUCUCUGACUCUCUCUCUCUCUCUCUCUCACUCUCUCUCUCUCUCUCUCCCUCUCUCGCUCUCUCUCUCUCUUUCUCAUUCAGAUGACGACUCUGAGAGUGGCAGUGCCAACGGGCUGCCAGCCCUGACCCCCCCGGAGGCGAUGGUUGUGGGCAGUGUUCCUCCAGAUGGUGUGGCUCCAUACAGGGAGGUGACUGAGAACGGGGUGAGCGCUCCCCUGAACUUCAGCACCACCACCUCAUCCUCUUCCUCCUCAGAGGACCAGCAACCAGUCAAUCUGACUGACAGACUGCUGCCUGUGGGGAGCCCUGUUGGGACGCCCUACCCAGCUGACCCUACGAAGAAGUCCCCCGGGAAAUCAGACUACGGCAACAAGGUAAGGACAGAAAAUACAUUUGAAUAGGGCCUUGUGGUGAUCGCCACACCAGAUGUUUUAUUACAACUUGAAUGCUGUUUUGAGUCCUCAUCUGUAGCAAUAGUAACAGUGUUUGUUUCUGUGUGGGUGUUUACAGUCUCCUCAGUACAGCUCCGGAAGCUAUGACUCGGUGAAGACAGAACUGAACAUGAGUGCUGAGGACCUGACCUCUGGGCGUGCUCAGAUCAUCGAUGAUGAUGAUGACGAUCAUGACGACCACGAUGACAGUGACAAGAUCACUGACGCUGAGGGGAUGGACCCAGAGAGGCUGAAAGCAUUUAAUGUAAGAGUCUCAUCGCAGCUGUCACUAGUAAAUAUAAACUUCAAGGGGUGAAUUAAUUAGAAAUUGGCCUUUAUGCAACACAAUUGGUCUUUCUGCAACCCAAAUAUCAACAAAGAAGUCAAGUUAGCACUUUUUCAAAAGAAUAUAAAUGUUAGAGGGAAAAUGUAAAAUGGCACUCCUCAACCUUAAGACCAUUAUCCUGUUAUUGUUCAUUGUGAAUGUAUUUUUGCAUUCACUAUAUCUUCUCUACUCUCAUCUCUCCCCCCUCUUUAUUUAACCACUCUCCCUUUCUUUGCACCCUCUUUCCUGCUCUACCUCCAUUUUUUCUCCCCCACUUCUGCUUUUGCUCUUUUUGUCUGUACACAUCCCCCUCUUGCUUCCCCCUUCUCUACACCCCCUCCUCCUCUCCCCUCUACACCUCCCAUCGUCCAAACCUAUCUUCCCCCUCUCCUCCCUUCUACACCCCAUCCUCCUCUCUCUCCUCCCUUCCCCCCCUAUAUCUCUACCCUCUCAGAUGUUUGUUCGUCUGUUUGUGGAUGAGAAUCUGGACCGCAUGGUGCCCAUCUCCAAGCAGCCCAAGGAGAAGAUCCAGGCCAUCAUCGAGUCAUGCAGCCGACAGUUCCCUGAGUUCCAGGAGCGCUCCCGCAAGCGCAUCCGCACCUACCUCAAGUCCUGCCGCCGUAUGAAGAAGGUUGGUUUUGAGGUAGGCACUGUUCCCCUCAGUAUCCUCCCCAUAGUCCCUAGCCCAUCUCCCCCUAUUUAGUAGAUGGUAGUCUUGUGAUCUUAUGAAGUGGGGUUGAUUGUGGAGUGGGUAACAGGUGCGCUAUGUCGCUUUAUUAGUUGGGCGCUCUGCCAUAUAUGACAAUGACUUCAAGUGAAAUCCCAAGUUCAAGAACAUUGGAAAACAGUGGUACACGGACAUGCCCAGACCGUCACUUCUAGCUCAGAAGCCCCAAAAGGACAGCACGCCAUGGCUGUGCUUUGUAACAGACUUCAAUGAUUGUUUAAAAAAAUCUAUCCUGAAAUAUUGGCCUAUUCUACAAACAGAGCCGAUGCUCCAGCCUCUAGUGGUAUGUUCUCAUACAGACGCCCACGUACGAUCAGGGAUACGCUGGUUCAUUCUUUCCAAAAGCCUGACCGUUCAAACUGGGAACUAUAAGUGUGGAAGAUGUGCUCAAUGUAACAACACGGCAAACUGUAAAUACUACACACACCCUCUUACUGGCUGAAAGUUCUACCAGAGACAGUUCAUCAACUGUAACUCUAAGAUGCUCUUGAUGCUCUGAUGAAGACAUAACUGUCUUUUUUAUAACCAUUUUGGAGUGCCGCCGUUUCCCAGUGUUCUUAAACUUGGAAUUUCAUUUGAAGGGGGUUGAUUGUUUGUAGAGACUGGGAUGGCCAGGAUUUGUAGAAAGCUAUCACUUUGUAUCCGCCAAAGUACAAUUUCAGAACCACGUUUCAUGAACAUGCAUAAAUAUUCACUAAAUUCACUCACACAUGAAUGUUAUACUGCACAUCCUUAACACUGUUGUCUGUGCUGUCAGACGCGGCCCACACCCCCACACCUCACCUCUGCCAUGGCUGAGAACAUUCUCGCUGCUGCUUGUGAAAGUGAGACACGCAACGCUGCCAAGAGGAUGCGACUAGAUGUCUAUCAAGGCCCUGUGAGUGUACAUGUAUUUGUGUGUUCACAGCAUUUGUGUAUUUGUUAAUUAAUUAUAUUUUGAAGUGUGUUCAUUUGUGUGUUUGUUCAUCCAUUACAGUAGAUAAAGUGCAUGUUCUUCUGUCGGUAACAUCAUUAGCAGUAUGUACAUACAGUAUGUAGCUACAGUAGAUUCAAAUACUGUAUAUCUUGCUAACACUUUACAUGUUCUUAUUACUAUGUUAUUUUUCCUGUAAGUACAGUGUAAUAACUAUUGUAGCUACUCCUGUAGGAGGAACCUGCAGCUGUUGAUAAGAACGCCUCCAGGGACCUGGCCUCAGUUGCCCCCUCAGGGUUCUCCCUGGCUGUCUCAGCCUACUCCCAGUCUCAGGACCCAGUGUACACCAACGGCACCAACGGGGGCCUCAACUACAGCUUCCGCAGUUACGGAGCAAUGAGCAACAACCUGCCGACCACUGCUGCCACCACUACACAGACCAAUGGUAAUUAGCUUCUACCCAAUUCCUAGAUUCUUAGACUGAGAUUCAAUGGGAAUGUGUUUUUGUACUGUAUGUACCUGUAUCUAUAUUAGUGUGAUUAAUGAUUGCCUAUAUUGCAUAUCAAUAAUGUUACAUGUUCUAUAGGCCUUCUGUAUAUAAAUAAUCGGUAACACUUUAUUUGGAUAGCCUGUAGAGCAUCUACAGAUGGACUAUCUACAGAAUAUCAGUCAUUUUUGAACUAACUAUCUACUAACCCUAGCUCUAACCUUAACCCUUACCCUAACCCUAGCCCUAACCUUAACCCUUACCCUAACCCUAGCCCUAACCUUAAACCUUACCCUAACCCUAGCCCUAACCUUAACCCUUACCCUAACCCUAGCCCUAACCUUAACCCUUACCCUAACCCUAGCUCUAACCUUAACCCUUACCCUAACCCUAGCUCUAACCUUAACCCUUACCCUAACCCUAGCUCUAACUUUAACCCUUACCCUAAUCCUAGCCCUAACCUUAACCCUUACCCUAACCCUAGCUCUAACCUUAACCCUUACCCUAACCCUAGCCCUAACCUUAACCCUUACCCUAACCCUAGCCCUAACCUUAACCCUUACCCUAACCCUAGCCCUAACCUUAACCCUUACCCUAACCCUAGCCCUAACCUUAACCCUUACCCUAACCCUAGCUCUAACCUUAACCCUUACCCUAACCCUAGCUCUAACCUUAACCCUUACCCUAACCCUUAUUCUAAACCGUACCCUAACCCUAACCUUAGGAAGCAGUUGCUUAGCAACAGAUGGUCACUUGCUUGUCAACAGAUAGUCAGUUGCUUAUCAACAGAUAGUUUGUUGAAAGUAUGAUAAUCUGUAGAGCAUCUACAGAUGGACUAUCCAAAUAAAGUGUGACCCAAUAAUCUUGUGCUUUCUUUACUGUAUGGGGUUAUCACACUUAAAGUACACUAUCAUUUCUCUCUCCAGGUCCCACUGAUCUCAGUAUGAAGUCUGUGGCUCCCACCUCCUCCUCUUCCUCCAGUUCUAACAGUCACAGUGGUCAGGGUGGAGGCGGGGGAGGUGCCUCGGCUCAGCUCAGCCCCCCUGAGGUCACAGCGGUGAGGCAGCUCAUCGCCGGGUACCGAGAGUCUGCCGCCUUCCUGCUCCGUUCUGCAGACGAGCUGGAGAACCUGAUCCUGCAGCAGAACUGA